AUGGCAGCCAGCUCUCCUUCCCUAAGGAUUGGAGUUGUAGGAUAUGGACAUCUAGGGCAGUACCUGGUGGAAAGGAUCCUCAAAGAUGGAGCUGCUCUUGGUUUUACUCUGGCUUUUGCUUGGAACAGAAAUUCUGACAAGCUCAAAGGUUUAGUCCCGGAUGAACACAUACUUUGUGAUCUAUCGUCCUUUGCAGAACGGCGAUGUGAUGUGAUUGUUGAAGUGUGCCAUCCGCAGAUAGUGAAAGAUUUUGGGGUCCUAUUCCUUUCUCAGUCUCAUUUCAUGGUGGGCUCUCCUUCUGCUCUCUCUGAUCCUGAGCUGAACCAGAACCUGCGUCAGGCUGCUCACAAGUAUAAUAAGACCCUCUACAUUCCCAGUGGUGCAUUAUGGGGAGGUCAGGACAUCCAGAGGCUGAAUGAUAGUGGAGCCUUAAAGGCUUUGUUCAUAAGAAUGUCCAAGCAUCCAUCCUGCUUCCGGCUGACAGGUGACAUCCUCUCUGACUGGAUGGAGGGAGAGGGCAGACGGGUUUUAUUCAGAGGCUCAGUGGCAGAGUUGUGCCCACUUGCUCCUAACAAUGUUAACACCAUGGCAGCAGCAGCAGUGGCAGCAGGAACACUUGGCUUUACUGGUGUACAGGGAGAGAUUGUUUCAGACACAGCGUUAGUUGACUAUCAUGUGGUGGAGGUGGAUGUGACCGGACCUGAUGGCUUCUCAGUUCACACAGUGAGGAGGAAUCCAGCCAGGCUCGGAGCUGUUACUGGCAGCGCAACGUACAACUCCUUCUGGAAUAGUUUACUUGUAUGCAAAGGUCACGGGGGCCGAGUUUACUUGUGCUAAAACAGGUGCGGACUUUGAAGGAUUAUCUACAACACAGGAGGAAGAUCCACUGCAAAAUUCCAGAUAAAUUACAUGGUUUAUGGUGGAUACGCUGUGUGGAUGCUGGAUCAGUAAGUCACGGAGAAACUGUAAACCCACAGAACCUUGGGCAUCUCUGUUCCAAUAAACUUGCAUGCAAACAAAGAAAAAAGAGCCUAUUUUCAUUUUGUAAAAUACUAGUCAGCACAGUAUAUAUUUAAACUUUAUUAUAACCAUCUGGUGCAAGAUUGUAACAAACCUUACAGGGAGUGCGAGUAUGCCUGUUAAAGCCAUUUUCUUUAUUCCAUAACAAACAGCCAACGGCUCCUUUUCCAGCUAGUUCUCAUCUUUCACUUGAAAGCAUGGUUGCCAUCUUACCAUAGGACAGCCCCUUUUUUCCUUUCACCAUCAAAUACUAGCCAAAACAGGCAAACCCGGCAAUAACACACAAGCGCACACACACACACACACAGCCACAUGAACAGGAAGUGUGAGGUUGAUGAUCGAAACUGAUAAGCCAGGAACUAAAUGAAAA